UUUGUUGGUAUUGCAACACAUAUAUUUUGCGCUGCGAUCUACGUUCAGCUCGAAAAGAAGUUUAUAAUUUUUCGAAUCAGUUUAGCACGCGUGAUGGUAUCGAUAUUUUCUUUUAUUUAAAGGUUUUGUUAUACAAAACAAAACUUCUGUGUAUUGGUUCAAAUUUUAGCAAUAAUGUGUUACUGUCGGACCAUGACAUGAGUGAUGAAAAAUCAAAUAGUCUGUUGUAAAUAAGAAAUAAUAGUUCGCGAUGGUGUUCGAAUCGAUUGUGGUGGACGUGCUGAACAGAUUCCUGGGGAGUUACGUGGAGAACUUAAACAGGUCUCAGUUAAAACUAGGAAUAUGGGGCGGCGACGUCGUGCUGGAGAACCUUAUACUAAAACAGAAUGCCUUGGAAGAACUCAAUAUACCUGUUCAAACGGUAUAUGGACAUCUGGGCAAACUAGUGUUAAAAAUACCUUGGAAGAAUCUAUACGGUGCGUCGGUGGAGGCUACUGUGGAACGCCUGUUUCUGAUAGUCAACCCCACAGCUGAGGUCAAGUAUGAUCCCGAGAAGGAGGAGAAGAUGGCCCUCGCCGCCAAACAGGCCGAGCUGGUCAGGGUCGAGGAGGCCAAGAAGAAUGAGGCGCUCAAAGACACAAAUAAACUCGACGAGACAUUCGUCGAGAAGUUAGUGACUCAGAUAAUAAAGAAUGUCCAGUUGAAGAUCACGGACAUCCACAUACGGUACGAGGACAGCGUCACGAACCCCAAGGCGCCCUUCUCGCUGGGCAUCACGCUGCACAACCUCUCCGUGCACACCACCGACGAGAACUGGAAGAAAGCUGUUAUACAGGAAGCGGUUACUAAGAUCUUCAAGAUUUUAGAUUUGGAAGGUUUAGCAAUAUACUGGAAUCCUGGAACUGAGUUGUACUCCAAAUCCGCACCACCGCAAAUCAAAGAGAAGUUACAAGGAGAAAUCGCUACAAAAACGUCUAAACCUGAGCUUUAUAGUUAUGUCCUGGGUCCAAUAAACGCAACAGCGAAAUUAAAACUGAAUCCAAAACCGGAAGGCGACUCGCCCAAGUUCAGUAUACCAAAGGUCAUUCUAAGUCUGCACAUGGAACAGCUGUCGGUAAACCUCACGAAGUCUCAGUACCAAGACAUGAUGUUACUGGCCGACUCCAUGGACAGGAUGAGCAAGCAGGCGCCGUACAGAAAAUACCGUCCAGACCUGACAUCGUACAAGCGGCACUACAAGGAAUGGUGGCGGUUCGCCUACAAGUGCGUACUGGAAGAAGAAGUCCUGAGACGGCGCAGGAACUGGGACUGGACCCACAUGCUGCAGCACAGGCAGCUCUGCAAGGACUACGCGAGCGCCUACCAAUGCAAGCUCAGCAGCAAGGGGAAGGUCAACUCGGAACUGCAGUGCGUCUUGGACAACGCUGAGAAACAUCUCGAUCUGUUCAACUUGGUCGUUAUCAGACAGAGAAUUGAGAUGGAGGUGGAUAGGCUAGGUAAGAUGGAAGAGGAAGCUAAAAAGACUCGCGGAUGGUUCAGCGGCUGGUGGUCGGGAGGCUCUUCCAAAGACGAUGAGUCUGCCGAAAACGUUGCUAUCAUAAAACAAUUCGAAAAAGCCAUGACACCGGAAGAGAAAGAGAAGUUGUUCCGAGCUAUCGACUACCAAGAGAACUCUGCUCCACUGCACUUGCCUAUCGAGUACGUGGCGGUGGAGAGCUACUUCAAGCUGGACCGGCUGCAGCUGUCCGUCAAGGACGAGGUGGAGGUGCUCAAGGCCUGCGUCGACCACGUCGAGGUGGACAUGAAGCAGAGACCCAGUGCUAAUGCUUUGAGGGUGGACGUCCAAAUGAAAGCAUUUAGUGUAUCUGGUGUGCGGCAAGGCAACUACGACCCACAACUCGUCACCUCCAAAGAGGUCACGCAGGAUGUGAACCUAUUGAAUGUUGUCUUUGAAACUAAUCCCUUAGAUGGUACUUGCAACCAAAGAGUAAAAGUAUUAGCUCGACCUUUACAAAUAAUAUACGACGCACAAACAGUCAUAGAGAUAGUCAGCGUAUUCAAACCGGCCACGGAGUCUACGGCUCUGUCAACUUUACAAGCAGUAGCAGAGAACAAACUGUCGGAUCUUAAAGAGAAAUCCGCGUUGGGUAUGCAGUACGCAGUCCACCAACACACCUUCAUAGAUGUGGAUAUCGACAUCGCUGCGUCCUACAUUAUAGUGCCAAAGACAGGAAUGUACAAGGAAGGCCUGUCGUGCGUGGUGGUGAAGCUGGGCGCCAUCCGCGUGAAGUCGGCCCCGCGCGCCGCCGCGCUGGACGUGCACGGCCUGUACAAGGCGGGGCUCGCCGACGACGACAUCCUGCGCGAGAUCACGCGCCACAGCUACGACAGGAUGGCGCUCGAGCUCACCGACAUGCAGAUCGUAAUCGCCCACCCGAACGAGGACUGGCAGUCAGCGAUAGCGUCCAACGAGGAGGCGACGCCGCUCCACUUGCUGCAGCCCACCAACCUCGUCAUCAACAUACACAAGUGUCUCAUCACGGACGACCCGCGCAUGCCCAAGAUCAAGAUUCGAGGCGAACUGCAGAAGAUCGCCAUCAGCGCCUCCGAGGACAGGUUACUGACGUUAUGCGAAAUAUUAGUAAGCAUGCCUUUACCAAAAUCCGACGAAACGACACAACUCAAGCCAAGUGAGUCGAAAGGAUCCAGUUUGUCGCUGUUGAAAUACUUGGAUCCGAUGGAGAAACAGAAGCGGGAGUCAGCUCGUGCCAAGGAGAGGAGUAAGGACGAACACUCCGUACAGUUGACUGAAGUAGAGGCGUUCUUUAUUAUGAAAGAACUCGUUCUCAGCGUGAACCGUAAAACAGUAAGCCCUACUCGAAACUACGACAAGUUCCUCGUGUUCUCUCUCUCAUCGCUGGAGCUUACCGCUGUACAGAAGACGUUCACUCUAGAGGCUACCGUACGGCUAGGGUCCGUGCUCCUACAACACCAUAGGUCAGGCCACAGCGUCAUGUACAUGGUAGAAACUAUGGAUGUCACUGAUAGCGUCAAGGAAGGCGCCAGCGAACAAACAGAGCUUGAAUCCAUUUCGACGGACACUAAGACUGUGCAACGGUAUUUGUUCGCUGUUGCUUAUAAGAAUGUUGACAAGAAGUGCCCCGAGUUUAGAAGUCACUAUGGAUCUGUAGAACAGAUGAUAACGUUGGACUUCACUAAUUUGAGGAUACUGCUGCAUUUGGAGGCCUUGAACGAGAUCUUAGUCAUCGUCAAUGAAUAUCAGACACGUUUACAAGAUAUACAAAGCACGGUGGAUCGGACGGCUAACGCUGGUCCGUUAGAGACUAUUGUGGAGGACGAGGAGUUCAACAUCGCUAAAUCUAAAGUGAGCGUAUCAAAGCCGUCGAAGCACAAGCAGGUCGAGAGCAUUCAGCUGAAGGUGGCCGUGAAGAUCGGUACUGUGGAGAUAGUGUUCUCGUCGGAGCGGCGGCCGCUGGCCACGCUGCAGCUGCAGGGCGCCGCCGCCGGCCUCGUGCUCAAGCCCUCCUACACACAGAUCGAUGCCAACAUCGCCUCCAUCAAGGUCGAGGAUCUCAAUCCCGUGUCUAUACAUCGGGAGAUACUAAAAGUGCUGGGCGGCGACGUGAUGAACGUUCAGAUAGUGAUGUACAACCUGGAGCAGUUCCCGACGGUCAGUGACGUCAACAUGUCCAUCGACUGCCAGGUCAACUGUCUGCAGAUCAUAUUCCUCAACUGGUUCGUCAAUUCCAUGCUGGAGUUCCUGAACAACUUCCAAACGGCCCAGCAAGCCAUCAUCGAGGCGUCGUCCCAGGCGGCGGACGCGGCCCGCGCCAACGUGCAGAACGCGUACCAGAACUCCACCAAGCUGGCGCUCAAGGUGCGCCUGGCCGCGCCCAUCAUCAUCAUCCCCGAGAACUCCAAGAGCAGGAACGCCAUGCUCAUCGAUCUCGGCCGGAUGACCAUGAGCAAUAAGUUUGUCGACCUACCUGCCGCUAGUGCAAGCAGCAAAGUGACAGUAGACGAGAUAACGCUAGAGCUGGAAGACAUGAAGGUGUCGUGCGUGAAGCUGGAGCAGGACUACCAGGUGACGGUGCACGAGAGGAAGCUGCUGCGGCCGACCAGCUUCAAGCUGUUCGUCAAGCGCAGUCUGUCGCUCUGGUACUCCACGCUGCCCGAUCUCGAUAUCUCCGGACGGAUGAAGACUAUUGCUAUCACUAUAGGCCACAGCGACUACAAGAGCAUCAUGAAGAUUCUCAAUCAAAACUUACAAGAGGGUCAGAAGAAGGUUGAUGAAAAACACGGGUCAAGUAUUCCGAAGACCACGUCCAAGUCUACGGUGAAGAGUCAGAUUAGCAAGAGCCAGAGCAAGUCGGUGUCCGCCGUCAUAUCCUCCAAGGAGCUGAAGAAACCCAGGACUACCAUCAAGUUCUCGUUCACCAUGGACAGCUUCGUCAUCGAUCUUCUCAAUACUACUAGUACUAGCGCUGUAAGUGUAUCGGAGGAGACGAUGUUCGUGAAGGACGUGGAGCUGGCGCGCUUCUGCCUGGCGCUGCUGUCCGUGAAGGGCCGCAUGCUGUCCGACAACUCCAUGCAGACCUCCGUCCUGCUGGUGGACUGCACGCUGGACGACACCAGGCCAGGCCGCGGGCCUAAUAAGAUCACUAGGUAUUUACAACGACGUCGUAAUAGUAAAUCGGAAGCGACUUCUACCGAUUUCGUCAUGGAGACUGAAGACAAGAUACGGAGCAUGAUCGACAUCACUUACACCGUCAAGAAUAAUGAUACCUUCAUUGACAUAAGGAUAUUCAGUUUCGACCUGAUAUUGGCUAUGGACUUCUUGAACAAGAUCGCCGAGUUCAUGACCACUGGGCUAUCGGAAGCGACGCCUGCGCUGAAGGAGGAUACGAAAGUCGUCAAAUCUUUUCAAGACAGAUCUGUUGAAAAUCUUGCGCAGAGAAGGUCAACAGCUGCGUCAUCAGUAGCUUUGGAGCAGGCGAAGUUAUCCAUGAUGACGAUCAACGUCAAAAUCGAGCAGCCAGACAUCUUCCUUGUGGAGUCACUUGAAGACAAGGAGUGCGAUGCUUUGGUGUUGAACAUGGAGGCGCGCUUCAAGCUGCGGCGCAGCGCGGAGCGCAUGGUGGCGGACGGCGGCAUCUCCGGCCUGCAGAUGGUGGUGCGCACGCUGGGCGCGGGCGCGGACUGGGGCGCGGCCGGGGGCGCGGGGGCGCCCCGCCACAGCAUGGCGCCGCUCAGCGCGCCGCGCUACCUGCUGGCGCCCACGCACCUGUCGCUGGCGCUGUCGCAGCCGCCCGACUCCGGCAUGCACGUCGACCUCGCCAUCACCGACAUCAAGAUCGUCGUGUCGCCCGAAAUCAUAGCUCUCUUGAACCGAGUAUUGGCGACGAUGACAAGCCGCGAGGAAGACAACCAGGAAGAGGAACGCAAAGCGAUAUUCUACGACAACUUGUGGGCCAUAACGCCGUUCAAACCCAACGCCUACUGGUUCUUGAAGACUGAUGUGGCCGAAGAAGCGUUAUCGUUAGAAGAGUCAUCUGAAGAGUUGAACGCGAACCCCCCUGUGGGAGAGAUCUGCCUGUUGUCGUGCCCCUCCAUCAUCACGUCGCUGGAGAUGGAGAUCGGUAACGAGACCAUACCCGUGCUCGUCAUGCAGGCCUCGCUCACUGGACAGGUCCGGGAUUGGAGCUCAGAUUUCUACUUGGAGUCGACGUGGGCGAUGCAGGUCUCGUAUUACAACAUCGCCCGCGCGGUGUGGGAGCCGCUCAUCGAGCCCGUCGAAGUGCUGAAGGACUACCAGUACAAGCACGUGCCGUGGGAGCUCAAGAUGGAGGUGGUGAUGCGGCCCCGCGAGACGCUGUCCAUCGACCUGUCGGACGAGGCCGCCAACGUGCAGUCCGUGGCGCAGCGCCAGGCCAACAUGACCGUCACGCUGUCCAGCAGCGAGCCGCUCGAGAUCACCAUCACGCGGACCGGCAUGGAGGUGUUGACACAACUAGGAAACUCGUUCUCAGCGGCUGUCGCAGACGAGACCUCUGUUGUCACCAAAGCUAAGGCUGAUGACAAGUCACAAAAGAAGAAAUAUUUCGGCGCCCCGUAUGUGUUGCACAACGCGACCGGUCUCACUGCCAAGCUCAUGUUGAUGGACAACCACGACUUCGCGGUCUGCCUCACAGAUGAAUAUGUCUGUUCUGACUACAGGGAGGUAGUGCUAGAGCCAGGUGCGUGUGUCCCCUUGCAACUCAAACAUGGCGGUCUAAAUCUCAUGAAACUGAACGAACCGCCGCCACCGCUCAAGCUUAAUGUUAAGAUCGUGGAGAUCGACGACGAGGUUCAGAUCCCGGUGGAGCGCGCGGACAAGCGCUACUUCACGCUGGGGCGGCGGCUGGCGGGCGCGGCGCCCGACAAGAGCGUCCCGCACGUGGCGGCGGCCGAGCCGCGCGGCCUCAUCUCCGACGUCGUCAUGCACGACGCCGCGCUGCACAUCUACCUGCGCUCCGUGCUGCAGGUGACGAACGCGCUGUCUCACCCGGUGGCGGUGUACUACAUGACGCUGAGCGGCAACGAGGUGCGUCUGCUGGGCGACGUCAAGCCUAACGACGUACUGCGACUGCCGCUGCAGGCUGUACACACGCCCACUGCUGAGAUAUUCUUCUCCGUCGAAGGCUUCACUGUAUCGGUGUCGCCGUACGUAUGGCGUGAACUUCAACAAGAACCAAGAAUAACUAAACUACUUCAAUGUGACUCUAAAAACAAAAACAGUGGCGAAAAGUUCUACAUUAAGGCCGUCGGUACCAUGGAGCAAGUAUUCUACGAGCAUUCGAACCGCCAUACAUUCGCGUCAUCCUGCUACGACAUAGUGCUAAAGCCGGCAGUCAAGCUGCAGAACUGUCUGCCAGUGGAUAUCGUGGUCUCACAGCUGGGCUUGCAAAGGACACAGGUGUUCAAGCCCGGAGAGAUGUUCCAUCUGUCGCAUUUAGCACCGAAUAAAGCAUCUAUAGUUAUUAUGAUUCAAAACUACCUAGACAAAUGUUGGGUUUGCACAAAGAACUUGCCGGACUCGGAAACAGAGCUUUCUGUAUGGUCCUUCGAGUCGCACGACAGUCCUGCAGUUAUGACCUUAGACCUCGGUAUGCAUAGCGUGGACAUGGAGGGGACUCAGGUCCUGUCACUCUAUUGUCCGUUCUGGAUGCUCAACAAGACUGGAUUCACUUUAUGCUACAGGAAAUCAAAGAAACCAGAAAAAGACUCCAGCACUCCCAACAAGAACGUUGAUGAGACUGGCAAUGUGAUAUUCCAUCCUAAGGAUUACAAGGAGCCGAUAUUGUUCUCGUUCAGAGCUAAGAACUUCUUUGGUAAGAAGAAGGCGGCGAUUCGCGUGGAGUUCGGCGAGUGGUCGGACAAGUUCUCUCUGGACGUGCCGGGCAGUUCCGGCGUCGUGAUAUGCAAACAUGAGGGCAGGACCUACCAGGUGGCAGUAACAAAUCAGCUGAUGUUCAACAGCUUGACAAAGAUGGUGAUAUUCACGCCGUUCUUCCUGAUCAUAAACGAGGCGCCCUUCGAUAUACAGUACCAGGAAUUGCACAGAUCUGGUGAUCCUUGGCAAACGGUGCUACAAAACUCGAGCGCACCCCUGUGGCCUGUGAUCGAGCGGGAAGAGAAGUUGCUGUUGCUACGUGUGUUCUGUUCGCCCGUGUAUGCGGCGCCCUUCCUAUAUACUGAACAACAUUCAGUCUGCCUGAAACUUGAUAACGAGUACGGCGGGCUGCACGUGGAGGUCCAGCUGAGCGAGGGCGGCACGUACAUCACGGUGCGCCAGUACCGCGACGGCCACGCGCCCGCGCUGCUCGUCAACUUCACGCCCUACGACGUCACCGUCUACGAGAAGGAGAACGUCAAUGUCAAGCUUAUACCGUCCAUGAACAGUAUGCUGUACACAUGGGACAACCCCGCCGGGCCCCGCGUCAUCAUAUUCGAAGGGUACAAGAAAAGGGAAGUCGAAAACGACCUGAGGAAAGACGGCAUCGGAGAGUUCCAACUAAACGAGCACGCCAAAAUAUCGUGGGUGUCUUUCCUGGACGGUCUGCAGCGUGUGAUCCUGUUCACGGAUGACCCCAUCCUAGCCAGCGGCGCUCACACUAUAGGCGAGGCGGAGGCCGUCGAUACAGAGUUUAUACUCUCCAUGCAGGGGAUCGGACUGUCCCUCGUCAAUGAUCCCGAACUGCUUGAGAUUGCGUAUAUCAGUAUAUCUAACUCUGGCAUUAUCUGGGAGCAGUGUAAGAUAGGAGCGCGACGUUACAAGAAGAUCGAUGGACAGAAACUAGUCCAGUUCGAAGAAGCCUACCAGAAAUAUUUAGCUGAGAAGAUGGUCAGCGAAGAGCCAAUCUCACCUAUAGUCCUAAUCGAUGAGAAACUUGAGGUGGACUUCGAGGAGAUGCGCGUGCUGCGUCCGGGCGCGCGGCUGCUGCGGCGCACGCUGCAGCCGGGGCUGUGGGCGGCGCUGGGCCUGACGCCGCACUCGCGCCGCCUGCACGCGCGCCUGCACCGCCUGCAGGUGGACCAGCAGCUGCCGCUGCCCACCUUCCCCGUCGUGCUGGCGCCCGUGCCGCCGCCGCGCUCCAUCGCCAACGACGACCCCUGCGGCAUGAAACCAUUCAUCGAAGUAUCGAUAGUGGAGCGUAUAAUGGAACACAGCAAGGUCCGCCAGUACAAAUAUUACAAGGUGCUCAUCCAGGAGUUCCACGUCAAGGUCGACAUGGGUCUCAUCAAUGCACUCAUGGGAAUGUUCCCGCAACGGACUCUAAAUGAGGAGGAAGCGCGCGACGCGUUCCAACUUGAUCUAGAAAACGCUGGAGAGCCUUUAGAGGCAUUAGCUGCUAGAGGAGUCGCCUCUGAUCUCAAGAAUUUCUACGACAAUUUGCAUUUAUCGCCACUCAAGGCUCACGUUUCGUUCUCUCUUGGUGGUGCUACUCAACUGCCGACAUUUGUUGGUACCAUACUUCAGAGUAUUGGUGUUACACUGACUGACAUGAACGACGUUGUGUUCAAAUUAUCAUACUACGAAAGAAACUACGAGUUCUUAUCUCAGAAGGAGAUGAUCAGUCAAGUGCAGAGUCACUACACGGGGCAGGCGAUCAAACAGCUGUACGUGCUGGUACUGGGGUUGGAUGUCAUAGGCAACCCUUAUGGACUGGUCGUCGGGCUCAAGAAGGGCGUGGAAGACUUGUUCUAUGAGCCGUUCCAGGGCGCCAUCCAAGGUCCGGGCGAGUUCGCGGAGGGCCUGUUCCUGGGCGUGCGCUCGCUGGUGGGCCACACGGUGGGCGGCGCGGCCGGCGCCGUGUCGCGCAUCACGGGCGCCAUGGGACACGGGCUGGCCGCGCUCUCGCUAGACAAGGAUUACCAAAGACGUCGUCGCGAUAACAUUAACAAACCUCCAGCAAACUUGCAAGAAGGUCUUGCGAGAAGUGGAAAAGGACUCGUCAUGGGCGUGGUGGACGGCGUGACGGGCGUGUUCACGAAGCCGAUAGAGGGCGCGCGCUCCGAGGGCGUCGAGGGCUUCUUUAAGGGGCUCGGGCGUGGGGCCGUGGGCCUCGUGGCCAGGCCCACCGCUGGGGUCGUGGACUUCGCCUCAGGAUCACUCGAUGCCGUCAAAAGGGCCGCCGAUAUGUCAGAGGAAGUAACUAAGCGUCGGCCGGCGCGGUACCUACCGCCCGACAGCGGUGUCCGACCAUACUCCAGGCUCCACGCGGAAGGAUAUAAAAUGCUCUUCGAACUUGAAAAGGGCAAGUACGUGAGCACGGAUACGUACGAGGCGCACGUGUGGGUGAUCGCCGGCAAGGAGGUGGUCAUGUGCACGGACAAGAGGAUACUCUACAUCGAGAAGAAUAACGUGUUCGGCGGGUGGCAGAUCGUCUGGUCGUACCUGUGGUCGGAGCUGCCCGAGGUCCCGACGGCGGUCAACAAGGGCGUGUACAUCCCCACGGCCAAGCGCAAGGUGCUGGGCAUGUUCCCCAGCUCGGGCUCCGGCAAGGUGAUCUUCCUCUACGACGAGCAGCAGAAGAAGUACCUGUUGGCGCAGUGCCAGCGGCUCAUGCAGCGCCGUUGACAUGAGGACGUAGAAAGAAUCUCGCCCACCGAGUGGUUGGCGCAGUUCUUUCUACUUGUAUUCGAUUCUCGCACCGCCUUGCUUACUCUAGCCUACUAUAUCAACCUGCACCACCUCAACCCGAAAGGCUUUCGCUAAACUUGUACCCGAGUGUACCGGAGUGCUUCAGUGAACUUCAGUUCAGUGUAUCGAUGUUUGUGAGGACGCUUUCUUUUUAUAAUACGUUUUUACGUGAUGUGUACAUCAUAUGUCUUGCAUAUGCAGCUGUGUUGAGUACAAUUAUGGAAUUGAUUAUUAUUAUCUUAGUCGUUACGUUUUGUGUAUGUAGACAGUUUCGAUUUAUUUUACAAGUUUUUACCUAUUCAUAAUUUAAUAUAUGAUAACUUUACCCUCUUUAUAAAAUGUGUCAUUGUAAAUUACCUUAACCUAACGCGAAGCAGGAGAUUGAAUAUAAAUGUAAAGAUUGUUCAAUAGUCGAACAUCUAGUGACUUUGACCUAUUGUCGUGUAAAGUUCUGUAGCCUAGGUACUAGCUGGGUAGAUGGGGAUAACUUUAUUAGAGUACAAAUGUAAAUGAGUUGGUAAAUCAACGUCGACCAUGUAUUCAUAUAUUAUGUUAAGGUUGGUCCCGACACAUGUUCCGCGCACGCUCGUUGCGCCCGCGCAACUGUAGUGCGCGCUCGUCCUGUCCCCGCCGCCAUAUUAUAAUCAACUCGGCAUGCUCGGUAAUGUGUGUUCGCGCCUUAUCCUCUUCUUACUUUACAAUCAUUUUAAAUAUCUCUUCUUAUCUAUAGUGUAUUUAAAAAUAUCGCUACGCAUUUACCUAUUUAAGAUUAAUAUUUUGUAAGUUGUUACAAUAUUUCAGUCUUCCGUUACGUACUUAUUACAUUAAACAAUGUAUCGUUGAGUUUAUAGUAUCGUUGAAAGUAAACAGAUAUAUUAAAAGGUUAUUAAAUUGUAAAUGUUA